AUGGUCGAAUCCUCUAAGAUUCACCCUGCUACUGUCGUUACCAAUAUCAAGGCGUGUAUACCCAUAGUUCUUGAUUAUGAUGGCAAGCAGUAUAAUACCUGGUCUACUGUGUUUCAAUUGCAUUGCCGCGCAAAUUUGGUCCUCGAUCAUAUUAAACCCCCUGCUAAACCAGUUACCCAGGCCGACGGUAAGGAACCACCUCAAGUUAACAUGGACCUCUGGCAACGCCUUGAUGAUAUUGUGCGUGGAUGGAUUUAUAGCACAAUUUCUCUUGAUCUUCUCAAUUCCAUCAUUGAUUCGGAUGAUAAAGCGGUUGAUGCGUGGAAUCGAUUGGAAAUUUUUUUCAGGAAUAACAAGUCGGCUAGGGCUUUGCAACUUGAUGCCCAAUUCACAAACACUCGGUUGGAACAAUUUGAGGGUGUCCAUUGA